AUGUGGUUUCAGAUGUUGUUCAAUCGAACUUACACGGCAACACAAGCGUUCGAGAUCAAUAUUCGAUGGUUUAUGGCAAAUGGUCAAACGAUCGCUGAAAUCACCAGGCAUUUAUGCACGAAAGCCACCAAUUUAUCAUUCCACAUGUUCCCAAUACCAGAAGAUCCAUUCGCACACGCUAUGAAUCCACAGUCGCCUCCACUCAGAUGCCCGGUCAAAAUCGAAUUUCCGGUGUGCAAAUUAGGGUCGCAUGAUUUAUGGACAGUGCUCAGUGCGAUAAUAGAAGCGUUUGGAUUUUUUGCAAUGUGUUGUCAUGUACAUUACCCGAGAAUGUACGUUCACCUGUCUGGAGGAAUGUUCUUGAUGUUCGAAGAGAAGCAGAUGGAUUUUUUGUGGUCAUGGAAUCAUAUGUUGAGUCAUCGAUAUAAAAACAGCACGUCAGUUUUUUAG